AUUUCGUCCAACGACAUUCAUCUUCUGUGGGAACUUGAAAUUUGGAGUUGAAGGGCGACACAGUUAGCAGGUGCUGCAGCAAUUCUAGGAGAUGCACGAUUGCUGGAAGAAAUUCGACGUGGCCAUGGUUUUGUGUAGGAUCUCCGUCACGAUCAUCUGUAAUUUCACGAGUGUCUCGGGUUAGGUCACUGCGUUGAACCCUGCCAUGGAUACUCUCAUUAUAUUCGACUUCGAUUGGAGCUUGAUCGAUUGCAAUAGCGAUACAUGGGUGGUUGACAAGCUGGGGGCAAUGGAGCGUAUGAAGCCGUUGAUGGAGGUUCUUCCUUGGACUCAACUCAUGGACACGAUGAUGAUGGAGCUGUAUAGCGACGGACGAACACUGAAGGAUAUUGAUAUGUGCCUGCAAAUGGCCCCAAUGGAGCAAGAAAUGGUGACGAGUGUCAAAUUUGCAGCUGAACUUGGGUGCGAACUCCAAAUCAUUAGUGACGCUAAUUCUCACUUUAUCAAAGUGAUCUUGGAGAAGCAUUGCCUGCAAUCGUAUUUCACGAAGGUUCAUACCAACCCAGCGCUUGUAGCUGAGAAUGGAGCGCUGCGUGUUCUCCCUUCUCAUCCGGAAAACAACCCACCGCACGGGUGCAAACUCUGUCCACCCAAUAUGUGUAAGGGUUUGAUUUUAGACAGCGUGAGACUGGGAUCGUCGGAAAACCUGAACAAACGGGUAAUUUACAUUGGGGACGGCGGUGGAGACUAUUGUCCUUCCUUGAAACUGAUACAUGGAGACCAUAUUCUAGCCAGACACGGGUUUCCUCUCUUGAAAUUCUUGAAGGCGAACAUUGGCUCUGUAAAAGCCAACCUGCACGAGUGGACGACAGCACGGGAUGUAGAGAAAUUGUUUAGAACGCUCCUUCUGACUUGAUGGUUUUUAAGUUAACCUUGUUCUCAGUGCAUGCAAAUCACGCAUUGCAGUAAAUUUUCAGAGUACCGCAUUGGCAAGCGAGAGCUGAGUGGUUUCUCCUGGCUGCUGUAGAAGCUGAAUCCCCUGAGCUUUGGUCAUCUCAAGAAAGAGCUACUGACAUGUACCCUGUGUUGAUUAGUGUGGGCUCGUUUUGAUGGCUUAAAAGCUAUACUAAUCAGUGUCUUUCCUAAUUUACGCAGGAGAACAUACGUCCAGGAGAAGCUUGAAGUGGGGAGAGCUCUGGUCCCAUUAGAUAUACCCAGUUAUGAAUUGGACUAACUGGUGCGGAAAGUCCUAAAUUACUGUUCUCAUUUCUGUAUAUCCCUACGCUUCUCAUUCCGUCGGGGCCCACAGCUGAACAUGUUUUAAUGCAUCAGAUUCCUUGCACCGCAAUGAGCAUAAUUUGAGCUAGGAAUCUGAUGCAUUAAAGAGUUGCAUGGAAUCAUUCCUACAUUCUAUUUCUCUAAUUGGCGCCACUUCUUUCGAAGAACUUUCUCUUUGAUCGUCCUCCAAGGGUUUUCGUCUCAUUAUUUAGAGCUACAUGAAUCACUGUCGGUGUAGUCAAGCAAUUAAAAGUUCACAUGUACAUUGUGAACAAGUACUUUUGUUAGUGUGAAAAGGGCAGUUAAAACGGAUUACAAGUGGAUCGUCAUAAAUUCUUCAAAGUGGAUAUUACACGCUCUAUGUAGACCUUGUAUAUAAGUUCUGCUUACUUUACAGGUGGUCUGGUUACAACUGGAGAUGUUACCACAAAUUUAAAAGGAUUGCUUCUCUUAUAAGAGGAAGUUGUAGACUUAUCAA